AUGGCUUCAACAUUAGGUGCACCAAAAAUUGCUAUAGGUGAUAAAAUCAAGGAUCAAUUUUUGGUGAAGAAAAAACUUGGCGAGGGUUCAUGUGGUAUGGUAUAUUUGGUGUUGAAUAUUAAGGAUACCAAGAGGGCUGCCAUGAAAGUGGAACCAUUAAUGAAAUCAAAAGAUGAUGAAAUUUUAAAAAUGGAAGUAUAUGUGUUGAAAAAAAUGCAGCGAUCGAAACAUGUAUGCCAGCUAUUAGCUGCUGGUAAAACAUCAUCUUACAACUUUCUGAUAAUGUCAUUGUUGGGAAAGGAAUUAUCAGAUAUUAGAAGACGAUUGCAUGAUCGAAAAAUGUCAAUUGGAAGUGUUUUAAAAAUUGGAAUACAAACAACGACGGCAAUACAUGAUUUGCAUAAAGUUGGCUUUGUACAUCGUGACAUUAAGCCAAGUAAUUUUGCAAUGGGUCGUGAUGAAAAAGCCAAUACAGUAUUUAUGUUUGAUUUUGGCCUUGCUCGACAAAUUAUGUUUCCGGAUAAAAGUGGAAAACUUAAACUUCGUGAAGCGAGGAAAAAGGUAGCAUUUCGUGGUACGGUACGCUAUUGUUCAAUAAAUGUACAUUUAUAUAAAGAACAAGGGAGACAUGAUGAUUUAUGGAGUAUGUUCUAUAUGCUAAUUGAAUUAGUGUCAUCAACAUUACCAUGGAAAGGUAUGGCACGAAAAGAUUGCGCUCAUGUAAAAGAAACAGUUUCUGAUCGGAUAUUAUUAGCUGGAUGUCCGGAUUGUUUCGUUGACAUAAACAAUCAUCUCAAAAGUCUCACUUAUCAAGACACACCAAAUUAUGGAAUGUUACAGACAAAAUUUAUGAAAGAACUUAAUAAACUAAAAAUUAAGUCAUCGGAUCCUUUCGAAUGGAAUGAGAAAGGUGUUUUGAAACAAGAAAUUGGUACAAUUUCUGAUCAUGAAAAAGAUGAGGAAGAUUCGGAUACAGGUCGUGCUGUGGAUGAAUCCGUCCAAUCUGAAGAAUCAAGUGCGAGAAAUGAAACAACCGAUUUAGCAGCAGAAAACACUUUAGAGGAUUUAAAUGUUAAGAAAAAGUGA